AUAGUGUUCGCCAAAACAAAUUUUAAGUCAUCUGUACUUAUUCUUAAGAAUUAAGUUUUUUUUUCAUAAUAAUUAAAGGUUUUUCUUAAAAAAAUAUAGUUUAAAGAAGGAUAUAUGUCUUUUGUGGCGAUAAAUUAAUUUGCCUCGGUUUACACAAACUAAUUACCUACUUUCUUGACAUCAAACAACACAAAUUGAAUAUUAUUCCAAAUGUCUUUGCCGCCGGUUGACUAUACACAUCCACCACCGCAGCUAUUUGUACCCCCACCGCCACUUACGUCUAUAUAUGGAGAACCGCCACCUAUUUCUGAAACGCCACCACAACCGAUGUUCAACUAUCCUCCUCCAAAUUUAGGACCUGCUCCUCCGCCUGCCUAUCCUAUUGAUAUACUACCUCCUCCUUAUGUGCCACCCCCCCCACCCAGCUUCCCACCCCCGGCAUAUGUACCUCCUUAUCCACCUGGCUACCAUAGCAAUGAUUAUUACUAUCACCAAGCAACAGCCGCUGAAAAUCAAUAUUAUCAAGAUUGGAAAGCAGAAGAAAUGAGCACACGAAUAUCACCUCUCAGAACUUUAGAAUUUAAAAAUCCACAAUACAAGUAUGAGUAUAGUUCAAGGUCUCAAUAUAGUCCAAGAAGAGAGAGAAGCCAUGAACGAGAAAGGCGAUAUAGAAGUAGAUCUAUACGCAGUCGUUCUCGCAGUCCCAGUUAUAGGAGUUCCAGAGGUGGCGAGGAAAGAUAUUCUAGAUCACGAGACGAUGGGAGAGACUACGACAAUAGAAGAUAUAGAAGUGAGCGUCGCAGCUGUGAACGAGACCACAGGUCAUAUAGCAGGAGUGAACGAGAUAGAUAUGAGGAUAGACAUAGACAUUCAUCAUAUAGAAGCCGGGAAAAAUCUAGUUGCUCACAUCGAUCAUCUAGUCAUAGGCCAUUGACUGACAGGGAGAAGAUUUUGGAAGACUAUAGGAAAAACUAUUGUAAAACAUCAGAGGACUUUAUAAAAAAAAUGGAGAAGUGGUCUAAAGAGCACAAUUCUGAUGAAGAAGAGAACUCAAAAAUGUGGUAUAGAAGUUCACCAGCUGAGUUAUAUUAUAAACCAAUAAAUGGUGGUGAGGGUGUGGAACAAACUCGUAAACUAGAGAAAAUUUGUCAAAAUUCCCUCAAAUAUCUAAUACAUAGAGGCCAAAAAGCACGACCUGAAGUGGAUGAGUUGCCUCCGCUGAAACCGCAAAAGGCUAAGAGGUGUAAACAUUCUGAUGAUGAUAGCUCUUCAUCAUCAUCUUCAGAAGAGGAGGACUGUCUAGAUGAAGAGAAUCUACAAGGUUAUACUGAUAGAAUGAUGUUAGAGCUACAAAGGAAGCAAAGUCAUCCAAGAAGACUUCAUCCAGAAUUAUGGUUCAAUAAUACGGGCGAAAUGAAUGGUGGCCCAUUAUGUAGGUGUAGCGCGAGAGCACGGCGUUUCGGUAUACGACAUGGAGUUUACGCUGCCGAAAAGCAAUUCCCCAAAUGCGUGCCCACGCAGAGUAAUAUUGAUAAGCUGUAUCACUAUCGAAUAACAGUGUCGCCUCCAACCAAUUUCCUCAUAAAAUCACCGACGAUCAUAAGUCACGACGAACACGAGUUUCUAUUUUCUGGCUUUUCUAUGUUUUCCCAUUAUAAACUGGCGAAGUUACCUACCUGUAAAGUAAUAAGGUUCAAUAUUGAAUACACUAUUUUAUACAUCGAGGAGCCUGCCCCGAAGAAUUUCACUAUUCAGGAGUUGGAUUUGUUUGAGGAGUAUUUGUUCAAAGAAUUAUUGGAAUUAGUCGAUUUGGAUCUCGGUAAAGGAACUGACACGAGUUGUUCACAAUUUCACUUUAUGCCGAGAUUUGUACGAUACUUGCCGGAGGGUGGUUGUGAGGUUUUGUCAAUGUGUGAAGUACUGAGAUAUUUGAUAGAGGAAAGCAAUUUGUUAAUUCCACCAGAAUCGCUUGAAGACGUGCACAGAAUGGAUCAUUAUCAUUGGCAGAAGUUCGUCGAUAAGAUAAAAGGAAUGAUAGUGACUUAUCCGGGUAGAAAACCCUGUUCGGUCCGCGUGGAUCAAAUAGAUCGAAGUCCACCCUCGAACGUCAAUGACCCUGACGACGUUAAGAAAUUUUACCCUGAAAUCGUACAUUUUGGGAUAAGACCCCCGCAAUUGAGUUACGCUGGGAAUCCUGAGUACCAAAAAGCAUGGCGUUACUACGUAAAAUAUCGCCACUUAAUAGCGAAUAUGGCUAAGCCAUCUUUCACUGAAAGGCAAAAGCUCGCAGCAAAAGAAGCGAAAUUACAAGAAAUGAGGACGCAAAGUAAAAUGAAGCGUGACGUCACUGUGGCUAUUUCCUCGGAGGGAUUCCACACUACUGGGCUCAUGUGUGAUGUUGUACAGCACGCCAUGUUGAUACCGGUACUCGUCCGCCAUUUACGAUUCCACAAAUCGUUGGACAGCCUAGAAGAAAUAAUAGGGUACAAGUUCAAUCAACGCGCGUUGCUCCAAACGGCGUUAACUCACCCAUCGUAUAGGGAGAACUUUGGGACUAAUCCAGAUCAUGCUAGGAACACCCUAACUAAUUGUGGCAUACGGCAACCGGAAUAUGGAGAUCGGAGGAUACAUUAUACUAGGAAGAAAGGUAUCGUGACCCUUAUUAACAUAAUGUCCCGUUUCGGUAAAAGCAAUGAGACAGAAUCGGAGAUUAAACAUAAUGAACGUCUGGAAUUCUUAGGAGAUGCAGUUGUAGAAUUCAUAUCUUCUAUUCAUUUAUUUAAAAUGUUCCCGGGAUUAUCUGAGGGAGGACUGGCUACUUAUAGAGCUGCCAUCGUACAAAAUCAACAUUUAGCGCUUUUGGCUAAGAACAUGGGCCUAGAGCAAUACAUGUUAUACGCCCACGGAUCCGACUUAUGUCGUGAAGUGGUGAUGCGUCACGCGAUGGCCAAUUGCUUUGAGGCGCUCAUGGGCGGAUUGUUUCUCGAUGCUGGCUUAGAGGUAACAGACCGUGUAUUUGCUCAAGCUCUGUGGCACAACGAACCCAAUUUAUAUGAAAUUUGGAUGAAGGAGCGGGCGCACUCGUUGCAAGAACAAGAGCCAUUAGGAGAUCGACAAUACAUCAAGGACUUUGAAUUUCUACAGAAGUUAACUGUUUUUGAGGAAUCUAUAGGUGUGAAGUUCAAGCACAUCCGUCUCCUAGCCCGAUCCUUCACAGACCGUUCUGUGGGAUUCACGAAUCUUACGCUGGGCUCCAAUCAGCGUUUAGAGUUCCUCGGAGACACUGUACUCCAAUUGGUCGUGUCUGAUAAGCUCUAUCGCCAUUUCCCUGAUCAUCACGAGGGACACUUGUCUCUACUCCGAUCAUCACUAGUCAACAACCGUACCCAAGCGAUGGUUUGUGAUGACUUAAAUAUGUCGGAAUACGCGAUUUACAACAAUCCCAAAGCCAAACCGACGGCUAAGAAGCAUAAAGCUGACUUAUUAGAGGCGUUUCUUGGGGCACUUUAUAUUGAUAAGAAUUUGGAGUAUUGCCAGGUGUUCUGCGAUGCGUGUCUAUUCCCUCGUCUUCAGGAGUUCAUAAUGAACCAAGGCUGGAACGACCCCAAGUCGAAAUUGCAACAGUGCUGUCUCACUCUGCGAUCUAUGAAGGGAGGGGAACCGGAUAUACCAUUCUACAAAGUGAUCGAAUGCCUCGGCCCAACAAACACACGCGUAUACACAGUGGGCGUGUACUUCCGCGAACGAAGACUGGCGGCGGGACGUGGUCACUCCAUACAAGAGGCCGAAAUGAACGCGGCUAAAGAGGCAUUAAGCUGUGCUCACGAAUUAUUCCCACAAUUGGACCACCAAAAGCGCGUAAUUGCUAAAAGCAUGCAGCUUAAAAAGAAGCGCCAAAAACCCGAACUAUUCAUUAAAGCAGAGGAAGACGUACCAAAAGCAUAUAGAACUGACAACAAAUUGGAAGACAGUUCUUCCGAUGAACCGGCUUCGGAUACGGAAGCACCGAAAUCUGAUGAUGAUAAAUCUGACGAUGAGAAAUUUGAUGAUGAAAAAUCUGAUGAUGAGAAUGAGAAAGCUGGUGAAGGUUGCGGUCUGGACAGUGAUGAAAAUGCAGAUAAGUAUGAGAAUGUUCAAGUGAGCAGUCUUUUAAGUGAUAUGGAGAAGCUCAAACAAGAUUUAAUAGAUAGGAAUGAGUAUGAUAAGUUAAAGGAGAAAAUGUGUAAGAAGUGUGAUUCAGACUCAGAUUAAAUACUAGAAAUGUCAAUUUAUUGUUAAUUUCAUUUAACUAUAUAAAUACCUAAUAGUUUGAUUGCUAUCAUUUUCUUUUACAUUUGGCAACAGUCAGUAUAGCUGUUGUGUAGUAGUUAAUCUAUGUUUGGUCGUUAUAUCCAUUAUUUUUAUACUAUUCAUAAAAAAUAAAUCAAUUUACCCGUUUUAACUCAUUUGUCUCUGUUGAUCACAGCGUAAAUAUAAUGUGAUAGAAAGAGACGCAAUACGAAUUCGUGCUGGGGAUUCUAUAAAUAAUAUUAACUUCGAGAUCUGUCAAACUAUGCUCUUGUUAAUAAAAAUAAUGCAUUGACUCACUUAAAUUAUGGUUAUUCUAUGAUAAAAAGAGACAGUAUUUAUUCAUUACAAAAUGAAUGUUAAAGAUAUAUGAGGGUAAACUUUUAUUUCUAAAUCAGUGAGUUUAAAUUUUGGCGAAACCUUGUUACUUUUACUGUAGAUAAAAUCAAUUACCUAUUUUAAGGCCUAAUUAUCGUUAUUAACAAUACAUUAGUCUAACGUUUUAACUAGUCACCUGUCUCUUUUCAUCAGAGCUUAAACACAAUUUGGUGGAAAGAGACGAAAGAGCUGAGUAAUGUAAGUUGUAAGGGGUUCAAAUAGGCUAGUUUAGUUUUUAUGACUUCGGGAAAUAGUGUACUAGUGAGGGGGCGUCCAUACAUUACGUGAGGCGUUUUUUUAUUAAUUUUGGAUCGAAAUAGGUAAAAAAAACAAAAUAUAUCCAAAAAAUAUCAUUGCCAUUAAAUUUCGUGAAAAUUUAAAUCGAUACGGUUCGCUGAACUUUGAAAAAUCUCACAGUUUUUUUUGAAUAAUUUCUAAACGGCUUUUGCCGAUUGAAUCCAAAAUCUGAUUUUAAGUUUGAAAAACCACGUUGAUUGCCACCAGUCCCGACAAAAUCGGUUGAUUCGUUCGAGAGUUAUCGAAAACGAAAAAUUUCGAAAAAAGAGUUUUUUUGGAAUUACUUCGAAAUUCUUCGUUCGAUCGAUUUAAACUUAAAAAUCCGUUAUGAGGUUUCAAAACUUCUAUCUAAAGACUAAGUGACAAAAUAAGUGAAAUAUUGAGCGUUUAGGUAUGGGGUUAGCGGGAAGUUGCCUUUGAUGGCCUUUAGGCUCAACCGUUUUCCUAAUUUUUUUUUCAAUAAAAAAAAAAUUGCGUGAUAUUUGCCGAGACCCUCACUCCAACGUAAGAUUAAAUGAGAUUUGACUCGACCUCCUCUCCCCCCCUUAAACACCUUACGUUAUUUAUGGACGCCCCCUAAGUGGCAUUUCCUAAAACUGUGAUAGGUCUAAGUUUGGUUUUUAGGUUAUUUUUUAUCAAUGUUAAUAGCUAUUUGUGUAUGAUGGCAUCUUAGCAAGAUAUAAAUACUUGGAUUUUGACUAACGGUCAACUUGAACUGAGUUUUAAUAUAUUCAGUUUGAGAUAACGUGACCUGAGGUUAAGUUCAGGUUUUCGGAAGUUGAACUGGUUUUCGACGGAUUUUCGGGAUUUUCGUGUUGGAGCGUACUAUGUGUUUUACAGACGACGCUCCAUAACGAUUUGCUUCAGUACGAAGACGACGAACAAUUAGUGUGUAAAUGACUAAUCAAAUAAACUUUUAUGCAUAUGAACUUUAAUUUUUUCUCAUUUAAAACUUGUUAGUGUUUGAAUUGAUUAAAUAUAUUUAACUUUCUGGAUAA